AUGGGAUGCACUCCUGUAUUAGGAAAAGCCAAAAUAAAAAAGCCAACUAUUAUCGAAACUGGUGAUAAUACUUCACCAAAGGCAAUCAUUUUGACUAGAAAAGGGUCAGGGAUCAAAGAUACAAAAAUUCAGUUUAGUGAAUUAGCAAAUCGCAAAAUAUCUUUAUUUUCAGUGAAAGAAGAACCCUCCGCAUUAGAGCAUUCUGCAAACCCAUCUUUUAAUAUCUCGCCAGCGCCUACAAAUCAAAUAGCCAAGUUUGCCGAUUUUAGUCAAGAAUCUGCUGUCAAGUUAUAA